CCUCGACCUCGUUAUCACUUAUCACUCUCUCGCUCACCGUCAUACUCUGGGAUCUCGCUCGGGAGCACGAUCCCACGCCGCCGCGAGGCUUCGCCGGCGAUGAGGAGCCGACCCUGGCGCCAUGGGCUUCUCGGAUCUCGGCUUUUGAUCUCUUUCGUGUGUGGUUUACUUCUCGGCUCUUCACUGGUGAUUGCCGGAGAUGCGGAACGGGGCAAUGGGACGGAUAGCUUUGCUGACAUGUUUGAUCGGGCGUUGCAGAAGGAGUUCUUUGAGAGCGAGCAGAAUGAAACUGAAUCAGGAAGCUUUAACAACAGUGUAACUGAGAAUCAGGCAGUUCUUGAAACUGUUGCUAGGGUUACCACAAAGAAAAAUGACACCAAAGAGGAGAAGUCAUUUCAGUUCCAUGAUGUUUUCAAUCUGGACAGUGAGAAUAGGGCAGAGGACAUGCCUACUUUAAUAGAUCGCAAGGAUAAUGUCUUUAUCAUAUCAAAUCCAAAGUCAAAAUAUCCAGUACUAAAAUUAGACCUGAGAUUGAUAUCUGAUCUCGUAGUGGUCAUUGUAUCUGCAACUUGUGGCGGAAUUGCCUUUGCUUGUGUUGGACAACCGGUGAUCACUGGCUAUCUGCUCGCAGGAUCUGUUAUUGGACCUGGUGGUUUUAGCUUUGUUAGUGAAAUGGUGCAAGUUGAAACAGUUGCUCAGUUUGGGGUCAUAUUCCUUCUUUUUGCACUGGGGCUUGAGUUUUCUAUGACUAAGCUGCGGGUUGUUCGUGCUGUUGCUGUUCUUGGUGGGCUGCUCCAAAUUUUUCUAUUCAUGUGUUUAUGUGGCAUAACUGCCUCGUUAUGUGGGGGUAAACCUUCAGAAGGUGUAUUUGUUGGUGCAUUCUUGUCAAUGUCUUCGACUGCUGUGGUUUUAAAAUUUUUAAUGGAAAGAAACAGCAUCAACUCUCUCCAUGGUCAAGUUACAGUUGGCACCCUUAUUCUUCAGGACUGUGCUGUGGGCUUGCUUUUUGCUCUCCUCCCUGUUUUGGGUGGCACUUCUGGCAUUCUACAAGGAGUGAUAUCAAUGACCAAAUCGUUGGUUGUGCUUUGUACUUUCUUGACUAUCCUUUCCAUACUUUCACGAACUUGUGUACCGUGGUUUCUGAAGCUGAUGAUAAGUCUUUCCUCUCAGACCAAUGAACUUUAUCAGUUGGCGGCAGUCGCGUUUUGCUUACUUGUUGCAUGGUGUAGUGACAAAUUGGGCCUUAGUCUUGAACUUGGUUCAUUCGCUGCUGGAGUGAUGAUAUCAACAACAGAUCUAUCACAGCAUACCCUUGAACAGAUCGAACCCAUCAGGAAUUUUUUUGCUGCUCUUUUUCUUGCAAGCAUUGGUAUGCUAAUUCAUGUUCAUUUCCUAUGGAAUCAUGUGGAUAUAUUGCUAGCUGUAAUUUUGGUGAUCAUAAUAAAGACAGUAGUUGUGGCAACUGUAAUAAAGGGAUUUGGCUACACAAAUAAGACUUCUCUUCUUGUUGGUAUGUCUUUGGCACAGAUUGGAGAGUUUGCUUUUGUUCUUCUAAGUCGUGCUUCAAAUCUUCGUCUUGUUGAGGGAAAACUAUACCUUCUACUCCUAGGAACUACUGCUCUCAGUUUGGUGACCACUCCGUUGCUCUUUAAGUUGAUUCCUGCUGUCAUUCAUCUUGGAGUUCUUUUAAAAUGGUUCCCACCAGAUAACAGCCAAAAUGAGAUGGUGUUUAAAGGCGAUAGCAUUCGUACUGACAGUGGUAAGCGCAUUGUCCUGAUGGUCCAAGAGUCCCAUGAUUCAUGAAAAACUUGGAAAUGUACAUGAAGCAAUGUGGAAGAGUGGGUUUUUGGGGAUAACUUCUGGAUUCUCCAUAAGACAACCAGUUCAUAAGAACCAAAGAAUGUUCUGACCAGUAUCAUCAUUGGAGAAGUUUUACGCCUAAUGCCUCCAAUUUGGUGACAGAAAAAAAAAACUGCAAUUAAAAAGAACAUCGAUACCUCUUGAAGUCUAACACACUUGGUUUUGCUCUUCUUUGUCUUUCAAAUCACAUCCUCGCGUGUGAAUGAGCGAGCUUCUGCUCGUUGUUAUGUAAAUUAUUUCGAUUUUCUUACAUGAUUGUUCAUAGCUGAGAAACAUCCAUUCUAGACAUUAAACAGAGUGUAGAGUAUGUUAAAUUACUUUUGUUCUUUGAAAAUUUUCCCAAGUUCCAGAUAUUA